AUGUCACUUGCACUGGGAAACAAAGGAUUCGAUUACAGAGCGCUUGGGAAGUUCUACAGCAGGAACAAGAACUCCAUCUUGAAGGCAUCGUAUCUCUUAUUGUUGUUUCUGAGCUUCAACACUUCUAGACCAUCUAGAAAGAAGAGUACUGAAAAAGUUGAUGAAGCAAAAGAGACUGAAAUUAAAAAGAAAACCAAGCUUGAUAAUGCUACCGUAAAAAGAAUCAUGAAAGCUAUCAUUCCAGAUUUCAAAUCACCUGUUAUUUUCUACUUUAUUUUACAAUUAUUAUUGCUUGCAGCUAGAGCUGUGUUGACGUUGAAAGUUGCCGCUCUAGAUGGUUUAUUAGUGAGCUCAAUGAUUAGAAAAAAGACUUCAAAGUUCUUACAAUUGUUAGUUAAAUGGAUGCUAUUAGGUAUACCUGCUUCCUUCACAAAUUCAUUUCUUGAUUUUACAACAAACCAAUUAGCUCUCAACAUUAACAAAAAUUUAACCAAUAAUCUAUUAGAAUUAUAUCUGCCAAGUGAAAAGAAACAUGAAGAAACAUUAGUUAAGAAGAACCCAAAUUAUUACACUUUGAUCCAUAUGUCUUCAGAUGAUAAAGUUGACGAUCCAAAUCAAAGAAUAACAACUGAUGUGAAUAAUUUAUCCUCAGCGUUGGCAAGUUUACCGAAUCAUUUGUUAAAGCCAUCGCUAGAUCUUAUCUUAUGUUCUUUUGAAUUGGCUAAAUCAGGUUCAGCUGAAGGUACCUUAAUUUUAGGUGUUAUUGCUCAUUUGACUUCGUUACUUUUGAAAAUAUUAUCACCAAAUUUCACUAAAAUUGCCAUUGAAAGAUCAAGACUUGAAGGUUUAUUAAGAAGUUUACAUUCAAGAGUUGUUUUGUUCAGUGAAGAGGUUGGAUUUUUAAGAGGUCAUUCAAGAGAAUUGGACAUUUUGGAUAGAUCUUAUUAUGAAUUAGAAAAGUUUACAAAUUAUGAAAUUAGAGCUAGGGCAGUUUAUGAUACUGCAACUUCUUUUAUUGUCAAAUAUACUUGGGGUGCUGCUGGGUUAGUUUUAUGUUCAACUCCAAUCUUUUUGAAUAAAUUUGCAGGCAUAAUUGAUCAUAACAGUUCCGCUACUUUUAUUACCAAUCGUCGUUUAUUGUUAUCAGCUUCUUCUUCGUUAGGUAUGUUGAUUCGUUCAAGAAAAGAGAUUCAACAAGUUGUGGGUUAUUUCAAGAGACUUACAGAGUUCAAGAAAACUUUAAUCGAAAUUGAUACAGCUGCUGCUUCAACUGAAUCUUCAACUAAGGGAGUUGUGAAAUAUGAUGAUAAUAAAAUUGAAUUUAAAGAUAUUCCAUUAAUUACACCUGCAAAGAUUACUUUAGCAGAAUCAUUAUCUUUUACUAUUAAUCAUGGUGAUCAUUUGUUAAUUGCAGGUCCAAAUGGUUGUGGUAAAUCUUCAUUAUUUAGAAUUUUGGGUGGUUUAUGGCCUGUAACAAAAGGUGAAUUAACAAUUCCUCAUUUUGAAAAUGUGUUUUAUCUUCCACAAAGGGCUUAUUUAAGCAAAUCAUCAUUGAAGGAUCAAAUAAUUUAUCCAAGUACAGAAUACAAGUACAAGACAAAUAAAGAAUUACUUGAGAUUUUGGAAAAUCCUUAUUUAGAGGUUAAAGAUAUUGACCCUUUUGCAACUAUUAGAAAUUGGCCAGAAGAACUAUCAAUUGGUGUUCAACAAAGAUUGGCAAUGUCAAGAUUAUAUUAUCAUAAACCAAGAUUUGCAGUCUUAGAUGAAUGUACUUCUGCUGUUUCUCCACAAAUGGAACAGUUGAUGUAUGCACAUGCUCAAUCGUUAGGAAUUUCUGUUUUAUCAGUUGCUCAUAGAUCUUCAUUGUGGCAUUUCCAUAACUAUAUUUUAAAAUUCAAAGGUGAUGGUACUUAUUCUUUCACUAAACUAGAUGCUAAGCAAAGAUUAGAAUGGGAAAAUGAAUUAAUUGAAUUGAAUAAAUUUUUAAGAGAUGUUCCAAGCUUAGAAUCAAGAUUAAAAGAUUUGAGAAUUGCGCAGGAAUCUCAAGAAUUCAAGAGAACACAAUCACAGUUGAGCAUGAGAAAACUGUCAAGUGCUCAAUUGGCCCAUUGA